UAUGCAGCACACUUCUCGUGACGACUGUGGAUUCCUACUUUUAACUGCAAUUUCGUCGAUCCAAUUAAAAAAUGCUCUAUCCAUAACAGUCAAAUCUUGCUAUCUCCAUCAAAUUUUGAAUCUUCAAUUCAACAAGAGCGGCAAACAACCCCCAACCAUUCCAAUUUUCCAAUUUCCACCCCUUUUUUUCUAAUCAGAAUCAGACAAUCAACGACGACGACGACUGAACUAGAAUGAAAUGCUUCCACUUCACCACCGGCGGAGGGGACGACGACGAGCAGGUCUCGCGCAAGGUCUCGUGGGCGCGCUCCCUCAGCGUGGCGUCCACCAACCUCGACUCCAGGCGCUCCGAGUUCGACACCGAGUCGCGCCGCGACUGGGCCGACUCGUCCGACCUGUUCCAGGAUUUCUUAACUCAGGGCCGCGCUAAUCAUCUGCGGGUAUUCUCCUUCGCCGACCUCAAAUCGGCUACCCGCGGCUUCAGCCGCUCUCUCGUCAUCGGCGAGGGCGGCUUCGGCAGCGUCUACCGGGGCCGCCUCAGACUCGCCGAUUCCGACCCGGAGAUGGAUGUUGCCAUCAAGCAAUUGAAUCGAAAUGGAUUCCAGGGGCACAAGGAAUGGAUAAAUGAGGUGAAUUUUCUAGGUGUAGUCAAUCACCAAAAUCUUGUAAAAUUGGUUGGGUAUUGUGCUGCUGAUGAUGAAAGGGGGAUUCAGAGGCUGUUGGUCUAUCAACUUAUGUGUAACAAAAGCUUGGAGGACCAUCUCUUGAACCGCUUAGCGUCUCCUCUCUCGUGGCUAACGAGGUUGAAGAUUGCUCAAGAUGCAGCCCGUGGCUUGGCAUACCUUCAUGAAGAAAUGGAAUUUCAGUUAAUAUUUAGAGACUUCAAGAGUUCAAAUAUCCUCUUAGAUGAAGACUUCAACGCGAAAUUGUCAGACUUUGGACUGGCGAGGCAGGGUCCAGCUGCUGGAUCAGGUCAUGUUUCCACAUCAGUUGUUGGCACAGUUGGUUAUGCAGCACCAGAGUAUGUGCACACAGGCAGGCUAACUGCCAAGAGUGAUGUAUGGAGCUUUGGUGUAGUGCUCUACGAGCUCAUCACAGGAAGACGGGUGCUGGAAAGAAAUCUGCCACGAGGCGAGCAGAAGCUCUUGGAAUGGGUAAGACCCUAUGUUUCCGAUCCCAAAAAAUUCCAUCUGAUCCUCGACCAGAGACUUGAGGGGCAGAACUGCAUGAAGUCAGCCCAGAAACUUGCGUCUCUUGCCAACAAAUGCCUCAUGAAGAAUCCCAGGUCGCGCCCAAAAAUGAGUGAGGUGAUUGAGAUGCUUGGAAGCAUCAUUGCUAAAGCACCGCCACCUCUGGAUGGAUGUGUGCCUGAAUCUGACAAUCAGAAUGAAAAUGUGCAUGAAGAAGCUAGUGGAUCAGAAGGAGGCAAAACGACAAACAGCAGCAGCCGUAAAAAGGGUUUUGACUUCAGAGUAAUAGUCUCGAGGAACAGAUCAAUCGGGAAGUUGGAUUGGAGAAACUGGACCCAAGUCUGGUGAGGACAUGAUGUGAUGAUCUUGCCACUAAUGGGAUCGGACCAUUCUUACUGGUGAAUACGAGUAUUGAGCAAUUUGAUGUUCAUCAUCAAGCAAUAUAGUUUUUAUAUCCUCUCUUUUUUUUGGCCACUCAAAUUGUAGUUUAUAGUUUUUGAGGUGUGCUAAGAGUGUUGACCUCUGUUUUUGAAAGAAAAGAUGGGAGAGAAGCAUUAUGUUAGUAUUACCGUUUUUGCUUGAAAACAGAGAUGCCAAAGAGUGAGUAAGAUGCAACUGUGCUAUGCAUCUUACUCUUUACUCUUGUGUAUGUAAAAUAAGAUUGGACACAUUUUUUGGUUGUUUUUACUAUUACAGAGUUCUUGAUUGUGAAAUAA